AUGGUCCCCGCUGUUCCCAGUCUCCUCAGCGGCGGCGGCCGGAGCCGGGAGGAGCGCGGCGGAGGCGGCAGCGGCGGCGGCGGGCGCGGGUUUGGGCCUGGGCCUGGACCUGGGCCUGUCCUGCCCCGGGCCUGCCCUGCCCUGCCCUGCCCGCGGCCUUUGCGGCAGCCAUGGAGCUGGAGGCGCCUGAGGAGGCGGAAGGCUCGGCCGUGGCGGGUGCCGGUGCCAUCACCCCGGAGGCCGGCGUGGGGGGACUGGACGCUGCAGGAGGUCUGGCACCGAAGAAGACAGCCAUCACUGAGGGACCAUCGCUACCGGGACAGCCUGGCCAAGGAAAGAAGAUAGGUCAUCGAGGCGUUGAUGCUUCUGGUGAAACCACCUACAAAAAGACCACCUCAUCCACUCUGAAGGGGGCCAUCCAGCUAGGGAUUGGAUAUACUGUCGGCAAUCUGAGCUCCAAGCCAGAGAGAGAUGUCCUGAUGCAGGACUUCUACGUGGUGGAGAGCAUUUUUUUCCCAAGUGAAGGAAGUAAUCUCACCCCGGCUCACCAUUACGCUGACUUCAGGUUCAAGACCUAUGCACCAGUGGCUUUUCGGUACUUCCGAGAACUCUUUGGGAUUCGUCCAGAUGAUUAUUUGUAUUCAUUAUGUAACGAGCCUCUGAUAGAGCUGUCGAACCCUGGUGCCAGCGGCUCCCUCUUCUAUGUCACCAGCGACGAUGAAUUCAUCAUAAAAACUGUGAUGCACAAGGAAGCUGAAUUCCUACAGAAGCUCCUUCCUGGCUACUACAUGAAUCUGAACCAGAACCCACGGACACUGCUGCCGAAGUUUUACGGACUUUACUGUGUGCAAUCAGGGGGCAAAAAUAUCCGUGUGGUCGUGAUGAACAACAUUCUGCCUCGUGUGGUGAAAAUGCACCUGAAAUUUGACCUGAAAGGCUCAACCUAUAAACGCCGGGCAUCCAAGAAGGAAAAAGAAAAGUCCAGCCCUACAUACAAGGAUCUAGACUUCAUACAAGACAUGCCUGAGGGCCUGAUGUUGGAUGCAGACACCUUCAGUGCAUUGGUGAAAACGUUGCAACGAGACUGUCUGGUGUUGGAAAGUUUUAAAAUCAUGGACUACAGCCUCCUGCUUGGGGUUCAUAACAUAGACCAGCAAGAACGGGAGCGACAGUCUGAGGGAGCCCACAGCACGUCGGAUGAGAAGCGUCCCGUGGGGCAGAAGGCGCUUUACUCCACAGCCAUGGAGUCCAUCCAGGGUGGGGCUGCCCGGGGGGAGUCCAUAGACACAGACGACACGAUGGGAGGAAUUCCAGCAGUAAAUGGCAAAGGAGAGCGUCUCCUGCUACAUGUAGGAAUAAUAGAUAUCCUUCAAUCAUACAGGUUCAUCAAGAAGCUAGAACACACCUGGAAGGCCCUUGUCCAUGACGGGGACACGGUGUCAGUACACAGACCCAGCUUUUAUGCAGAGAGAUUCUUCAAAUUCAUGACCAACACGGUGUUUCGAAAGAAUUCCUCUCUGAAGUCAUCUCCCUCAAAGAAAGGGCGUAGUGCCUUGCUAGCUGUCAAGACGGUUGGUCCAACGGCUGCGUUUUCAGCUAGCCAGCUUCCCUCUGAGAAGGACGAAACACAGUAUGAUCUUCGUGCAGCCAGGAGUUACCCCACACUUGACGAUGAAGGUGCUAAACUUAACCAGGACAGGGGAGAAGCAGGCAGGCCAGACCUGCUACCUUGCACACCUCCUUCCUUUGAAGAAGCUACCACAGCCUCCAUAGCCACAACACUAUCUUCAACAUCUCUCUCUGUUCCUGAGCGAUCCCCUUCGGAGACCUCUGAGCAGCCCCGGUACAGGAGGCGCACACACUCCUCAGGGCAGGAUGGCAGGUCACACGAGGAGGUGCGGGUUGAGGAGGAGCUUCAGCAGAUCAGCGUCGAGCUGGAGCCCAAGUGUGACGUUGAGAUCGUAGCUCCUGAAGAUGACAAAGAAGAGGCGGCUUCUUCAGCCUGUGCCAUUGUAACGUCCACAGCUACAAUAGAGGUGGAGACAGCCAGCCAGGCCUCCGAACCAGCCAGCCAGGCCUCGGAUGAAGAUGACGUGCCAGUCACAGACAUAUACUUUCCGACAGACGAGAGGAGUUGGGUUUACUCCCCGCUCCACUAUAGCGCUCAACUCCACUCUGUCUCCGAUGAGGAGAGCGAUACAUAAUCUCUAUGCAGACACAGAAGCCCCAGAGAGCAGCGAUUCCCUCUGCAGGUCGAUGUGUUCCCUUUUCGUUGAUGCAGCCGUUCCAGUGGGAUGGGGAAGAGCUUGCUGACACCAGUAUUGCUGCACUGCAGGAUCCCGGGCACUGCGUUUCAGAACGGAGCAAAACUAUAACCAUGUAUUUCUACUUACACCAGACGUGGGCAGCAAAGAAACCACCCACUCACCCGCAGCUCCCGACGGAGACAUCCAGCUGGGUGUAGAGAAUCCUGGGUAGUAACACAGUGUUUUCCAGACGUGCACUACCGUAGCUACCUAUCCAUGUGUGAUACUGUGAACCUUUUUAAUUUUUUAAUCAUGUAUUUAUUUCUUUUAUCUUUGCACAGAGACAGCACAAAUGUGCUUUUUUAAACAUUUAGUUUACUGCACUCUUUUUUUUUUUCUUUUUCUUUUUUUUGUUGUUGUUGUUGUUGUCAUAUAUUUGUGCAUUAGAAAGGAGUAUGAGACCUCACUGGAGAAUUGGUAGGAGCAUGUUGCUGGGGAGGGCAGGGACCGGAGUGGCUUCAUUUGAGGCAGCAGCGUGGUCUAACCAACUGAUGGAGUCAGGAGGUUUAAGGCUGUCCAGACCCUGCCAUGGUUUUGCUGAGUGACCUAAGGCAAGUCACUUAACCACUCUGUGCCUCGGUUUCCCCCGUGCUAAUGGGUCUACAGUACCCACUUCCGUUAAAGCACUUAAACCCUGGGAUGAAAGGUGCUAUGUAAAUGCAAUGUAUUAAAGGCCAUUGACUAGAAUUGUUCCCAUGUUACAGUAGUCCAAAGUAGCCAUGCCAAUUUACUUGGAUUCAAAAAUUGCUAGUGACUUCUCUUGAUCUGUAACACUGUGCGGGGGGAAGCAAACGAUUCCUGGCGACAGUGACGUGGUCACCUCAGCUCUCCUCUGGACGUCGCGAUGGGUUCUGCCUUCACCAUGUGCUGCACUGCUGCGUCUCCCCUUCCCUCUGUGCUUGGAGUCCACGCUUCAUCUUACCGGCUGCCGCACCGCUGCCUGUUUCCAGACACGCAGGCAGGGACAGAUGAGAACUGUGCACCUCCAGGGACCAGCUGCGCUGGAGUGUGAGUUCCCCGGUCUGCCCAGCCCCAGGUGUGGCUUGUCCGGACACUGCAUCCUACCGGAGCCACCUCGCACGCUCAUGGGUGUAUCUGACUGCCCAGUGCUCGGGGGCCACGAACAUUGGGUUCACACGUAUCCUCCGUACCUCAGGGCAGUCAGGGAGGCACGCGCACCUCCGUGCACGCUGGAAGCAGAAGCCUGGCUCUGCUGCCUAAUUGUGCCGGGCGGUGUUGUGUUCACGGACUCUGUUGGACAAAAAGCUGGGUGACUGGGAUGUUGCCUGUGGUAACACCUGCUAUUGGAAAUCGCUGCUUUGGAUGUCUGCGAUAGUUUGCUUUUUGAGGGCUGCGGGCUUUAUGCGAGAGGAUUUGGUGUCACUGGGUAGUGUUCAGACUAGGCUCAUCCAUCUGUCAGCAGGACACACGCCAUAGCAUUAUCUUGAAUUCCAGCAAUCUUCAUCUCCCAGAGAGAAGAAAGGAAAUCCUUUAGACCAGAGGGAGUCGGGUCUUAUUCAUGUGGUUUAUGAGCCUUGCUUGAGAAAGAGGGUCAAAAUCUCUUUAUUCUCAUUUCAAUCUUCAGACUGUCCUUGGGAUUCCUUGUAGAGGAGUGGGGAAGCGGGACCUUUCUCUCGGGCCUCAGUCCCCCCAAUCUGUCUUCACAGCAGCACUCAGGAUGGGUUAAUUCAAGUCCCAGAAGCUAACUGGGCUGGUGGGAAGCUCUUCCCCUCUGCAACGUGCUGCACUUGGUGAGGAUCUUCAUGAAUUGAUGUUUUCUUGCCUAGAAGUAUGGAACCCAGAUUUCGUCCCCACCCUGUGCCUCCAGAUGCUGAAGGCUGUAAAGGUGUGCCUCUCUCAAGAGCACAGGCUGGGGAUCUUGCAAGCUGCUGCCAUUAGAUGUAUUUAUCAUGUAUUUACCAAAUAAUCUAUGAAAAGUCUUUCAAGAAACUCUCCCCUCUCAGUCACUACUUGACAGCUCGUUCACCCAGCUAGUAGCGUUGCUCCCUGCAGUAGGCUGGGAAACUCUCUUGACUUACUCCAUCUGCUUGUGCCAGUCCUGCCCCGGCUCCGCAGGCUGCGUGGGCUGUGCUACGGGGGGCUCAGUAGUUUGGCAGAGGGGAGACGGGAGGAGUGCAAUACCUACAGACUAACCUGCCUCUGGGCUAAAAGCAAGAGGAUUCAAAAUACUAAGAAUUCAGCCUUUGGGGUUUUUUUUUCCUCCAGAAGCGUGAUACCAUGUGUAGAGAGGCCAGAGGGAGCCACAUCCCUUCUGCAUCUUCAGUUGUUGCUCUUUGGUGCUGCGCUGGAGGAGCGUAGCUCUGGGGAGGAACCCAGGAGGUUGGGCUUGGGCUGUUCGGCCCCAGGCCCAGCUGCUCUGGUACCACCUUGUUCAUGGGCUGGUGGGUUUAGCCUUGUCAGGACGUUCCAGUCAACUGAAAUCGAGUAUCUUGUUUAAGGUGGUUUCAGCAUCACUGAUGGAGACUUUAUUCCUUCCCUUCAUUUUGGGGGUCUCUAAAGCUGCUUAGCCUCUGUGCAGGGAGCAUCUGAGCCCCACCUUCAUGGGGUGUCUUGGUAAUUGAACUCUGCAAGCCGGAGCUGUGCUUGGUCCCAAGAGAUGUGGGGAAACCCAGACUUUUUGCAGCAUGUUCGUUCUAAGCAUUGUCUUUACUCAAGCACUCAGGCUUUCUGAGACAAUCCUUGUGCAGUUCUCUGAUGCUGAACCUUUUGGAGCGAGCAGGUCUGGACACAGAGGGUUGGUCCUGUGAGAGGAAGUGCAAAGGUUUUAGAGCAACUUUGUCAACGUGAGGGGACAGGAGGAACCUUCCUUUAGGGCAGUGCUGAUCCGAAAUGGAAACUGCUCAGCCUUGGCUUCCCACGGAGGCUAAGAGGACCAUAGAGUUUAAAGCUUGCUCUUAGCCCACCUUGCUGCACUGCGCUGCAGCACGAGAGCAUUGGGGAGCUCUGGAGCAUUUCCCAAGCACUGUCAGUGCUGCCUUUGGAGGGCACGCAGUGUCGGAGGAGGGCAGGACUAGGUCUUCCCCUUUUUUGGGAAAGAGAACUGCCACCUGUCCUUGGUGUGGAUGUCCCUCCAGCUGUACUUCUAGCUCAUCCAGGACAUCAGUUGUCUCUACUUUCUCUGUUGGGGCUUUCUCUAGUGACCCAGCAGCUCGCUGGCAGGUGCUGUCCCUGUGUAACCCCCCGCUCUCUCCAUCGUUAAAAGGAGGCACUGUGUUUCUUUUCCUGCUCUAAGAUUUGAGCAGAGCAGCCCUGCGAGACAGCCAGUUCCCAUGUAGCUCUGUUUGCCACUGCUCUCCUUCAUCCCCGUCGUCCCAGCUGGGACCCUUGGCUCUGUGGGACAUGCCCUGAACAGUAUCCGGUGCUGAGGCUGUUGGUGAACUUUCGGCUCAGGUGGCUGCUGCCUACCAGGUAUGGAUUUGGCAAGAGAAAACUGGCGCAUCUCUCUGUGCUUGCCAUCGGGCUCCCCUAAAGGCUCUGCCCCUCGCAGGGAUGUGUGGAACAGAUGUAUGGGAUGUACCAAGGAGCUGGUGUAGAGACCCCUGAAUGCUCGUGCAAGUGAUCCAGCUUUUUUCCUCUGCCACGUGUGCCGAAAUCGCGCUUUGGGAAGUUUUUUUUAGUGAAGCCAGAGCACUUGUAGGUGUUGGCACAGGGCUGGCACAGCGGUGUGUGCAUGGGUUCCCUCACCCUGGGUCCUUGCUGGGCUCCCAAAGCACGGCACAGCCUGGUGUGUCCCCCCCCUUCUUUCAUUCCCAGCCACUGUCGUGCUCCAGUUCUUUCCGAAAAGGACAAGGCAAAAGCCACGGCUCAGGCGUACAGAUCAUGUCUGUUUUUUCUUUCUGUUGAUGUCUACAUUAGACCCAAGUUAUGUUUCAUUGGAUGUUCAUAUUCCCACUCGUGUGUCCGCUCUGUGCGCGCACCAUGUACUGAAUGUAUGUAAGUAGGGGCUGGGGGGCUGGCGGCCAAAGUGUGAUGCCAACCCGUGGGUGUUGUCAUGUUUCUCUUCUUUUGGGUGGGUGGGGGGGUAAGUCAUGAGUGGGUUUUGGGUUUGGUUUUUUUUUCCUUUUUCCUGGUUGUUUUGAGGGGGUUUUUUCCCCUCUCUCUCUCUCUCUCCAGGGAGACCUUUUUCCAGAGAACUGUAAAUUGAUGCUAUCUGUCCUCGGCUCUGUGAUAAAGCAUACUGUAGUCUGUGCUGUGCUCA